AUGGCAAUGCAAUAUAUGAAAUCGAUCAGGAGGAAACCUGUACCUAAACCUGAGUCGAAACCUGGGCCGCAUCUAGCAACGGAAGCACAUGGGCCUGUAUUGACAGACGAGGACGAGGCGUUCCUUCGCCAUGUUACGACUUCUUCAUCUAUCUCGGCUGGAGAUGAUAGCGACAAACAACCUGGAGCAUCUGGGAAUGGCCAAGAUAGGGAACUGAUCGAUGAACCGUUGGACGAUGACCUGAGACGCCUUGCUGAAGACAGGGGGUCGCAGGAGAAACUUGAUUCUUCCGUCACUGAGCUGGUAGCGGCCUCCACUUCUACAGAUCAGACGAAGAUGGAGAAAGGGCACAAGCCACGCAAGAGCCUGUGGAACAUGCUUAAAGAUAGAAAAUGGCUGGGCGAGACCGAGAAGAUGGAUAAGGGGAAGAGUAAAGCGACCGAGGAUAACUCAGCAGACACCAGUGCGACUAGCAAGGAGGCCGAAAAUGAGAAAAAGGAAGAACAAGAUCUAUCUAAAGUCCUCGAGCAGUUGAAUCUUGCAGCUGUUAACAACCGAGUGUUUUCGAUAAGCAGCGACACGCAAACACUGCUGGAACAGUUCAAGCAGGUGUUCAAAGACCUAGUCAACGGGGUGCCGACAGCAUAUCGUGACCUUGAGUCCCUGCUCACGAAUGGCGAUCAGGAGCUACAAAAGAGCUACGCCAAGCUUCCUAGCUUCCUGCAGAAGCUGGUUGAGAAGCUGCCCAACAAAAUGACGGAGAAGUUUGCUCCAGAGAUGCUUGCAGCUGCAUCAGCGAGAGCAAGCAAGAGUGGGAUUAACCUGCAGCAUGUCGAUAAGGCAACGAGCACAGCGAAAAAGAUGGGUAUCGAAGUACCUAAUCUGAAGGAGCUGGCAGGAAAGCCUGCAGCCCUUGCAGGCUUGCUUCGAUCUAUCAUCGCCUUUCUACGUGCAAGGUUCCCUGCCCUAAUUGGAAUGAACGUUCUCUGGUCCCUUGGGCUGUUCAUCCUACUGAUGGUCCUGUGGUACUGCCACAAGCGCGGUCGUGAGGAACGCCUUGCAAGAGAGGCUAGCUUGGCUGGAGAAGGGACCAAAGAAGAGAAAGGUGAAGGUGAAGAUGGUAGGGUGAUCGAUGUCACGGACGAGGUAUCGCCAGCGCCAGCUACAGCAACAGAAACAGUAGCAAACACCGAAAACGAUGCCCAACUAACAAGGCAGUCAAACAACGAGGUGCAGGCUCCGACGCAGAUCGAAUCCCCGACAACUGCCACCUCAGAAGCAGCUGCUGCAGACAAGGAAACACGUCAAACGAAGGAAGAGGAGAAUGUGAAGUUAUAG